GACGCGAUAAAGAUUUGCAAGGAAGUUCGUAUAAAACGAGGUUCACGGACAGACCCCUCCAUAAAGAACGAUUGCUACAAUGACUCUGGCACAGAAUUUAAUUCUGAUCUGUUUGGCGGCGAGCGCAGUCGCUAAGUCUCUCCGCCAGGAUGACGAAGCCAAGGCCGAAUUGGAACGAUACAUUGAAAAUAAAGUACCCGACAUUAACCAAAGAUGGAGACCACAUUACCAUGUUGCACCACCCGUAGGAUGGAUGAACGAUCCCAAUGGAUUCUCGUACUACAAUGGGGAGUACCAUCUUUUCUAUCAAUUCUACCCAUACGACAGCGUGUGGGGACCGAUGCACUGGGGCCACGUAUCGAGCCCAGAUCUGGUCCACUGGCAACAGCUGCCGACUGCGCUGCUGCCUGAUGAAGAGCAGUGCUUCUCCGGCAGCGCGGUGCAGGACGGUGACACGAUGGUGCUCAUGUACACCGCUCACAUCCUCUCUGACAGGGAACCGUUCUACAACGAAACACAGUACUUGGCAUACAGUGAUGACGGAGUUGAUUUUUACAAAUACAGUGGCAAUCCCGUUCUGCCGUCGGCUCCGAACGGUUCUCCUGACUUCCGCGAUCCAAAAGUGUGGAGACACGGCGACCACUGGUAUGUAAUCCUCGGCAGCAAGACGACCGACCUCAGAGGAAGAGUGCUAUUGUACAGGUCGACAGAUUUGAAGGAUUGGGAAUUUUUAACGGUUCUAGCAGAAUCGCAAGGAGACAUGGGUUACAUGUGGGAGUGUCCCGAUUUCUUUGAGUUGGAUGGAAAGUUUAUCCUUCUUAUGUCGCCACAAGGAUUAGCACCUCAAGGAGAUCGGUACAAAAACACUUACCAAAAUGGAUACAUCAUCGGUAGCUUUAAUUAUGAAACUUUCGAGUUCGUCCAGGAAGUUCCGUUUCAGGAAAUCGAUUUUGGCCACGAUUUCUACGCCGCUCAAACGACUGAAGUCAAUGGAAAGAGAUAUCUGAUCUCCUGGUUUAGUAUGUGGGAGGUGCCCCACCCGGAGGACGUUGACGGCUGGGCUGGCAUGAUGACAAUCGCAAGAGAAUUAAAACUUGUCAAUAAUAAGAUAAUUAUGAAACCCGUGGAAGAAAUGACAAACAUAAGACAAGGUGUUCCGAUUCUCAAUGUCUUGGAGUAUAAUGAGGAGCUAGACUUGGAGCAGGCUGUUGAAAUUAAUAUUGAAGCUAAUUUUGAUGAGAUAUUGGAAAUUAAACUUGAAGGAAAGAAUGGUGGCGGUCAUGUUGUGCUCAGUUGGGAUCCAUUAGUGGGGAAGGUGGCGGUGUCUCGAGGAACUGAGGACGUGCGGCAGGUGGAGUGGAAUCCGAGCAAUGAAACUUCAUGGAAAAUCUUCCUAGACUCGAGUUCCAUUGAGUUGUUCUGUGGUAUUGGCGAUGUGGUAUUCAGUAGUAGAGUGUAUCCGCUGGGUGGCUGGCGUCUGACAAAUCUUAGCUCUCAAGAUAUCGAAAUAGAAGCGUACAAUUUGAAAAAGAGUUUUCCCGUGUAAGUCGAAUGAAUUCUGACAUUAAUUUAAAAAAGAUCUAUUACACAAGUUAAGGCAUUAUUCGUUGUAAAAUUCCUGUAAAUAUUUAAUAAAUUUGUUUUUAUAUUA